AGAAAAAUGAGGAAGUACUCUGCCCAGUUUUAAGCCUUCUAGAAGGAGGCUUGGGCUAGUCCAUCCUCGCCAAGGUCAACCCCUGGAGUACCAAGGCCGAGUGGGGACUUUCCUGGAGAAACUCAAAGGAGCGGCACAAUCCCUGUGUUCCGGCCGCUGCGGGGCUGGGCUGCGAUUCUCGCCCCAUUCACUCACCGGGGAGCGAGUCCCGCCGCCUUCAGCCGGCCUUGGGCGCGUCUCGGGGCCUGGCGGCGAGGUGAGGCUCCUCCUGGCGAGCGGAGAAGAGCCGGGCGCGGCCGAGCUGCUGCGUGUGCAGCCGCGGCCACAGGCGGAGGCCAGCAGGAGCGGGAAGCCGGGCCAGGCCUCGGCCGCUGGGCCGCAUCUCCGGGCUGACGGCAGGCGAUGGCAGACGCGGCGGCCCCCGGGGAAGCCUCGGAGAGGCACUGCUGGGUCUGUUUUGGCACAGAGAGCGAUGACCGCUCAGCUGAGUGGGUCUGCCCCUGCUGCUGCAAAGGCUCCACCAAAUGGAUCCACCAGGCCUGCCUCCAGCGGUGGCUGGAUGAGAAGCAGAAAGGCAACAGCACAGGCAGUGUGAGCUGCCCACAGUGUGGAACGGAGUAUCGCAUUGUCUUCCCCAAACUAGGACCCUUGGUGUAUUUCUUGCAACAAGUGGACCGAAUUUUAUCCAAAGUGAGCCCCUUCGCUGCAGCUGGCAUUGUCGUGGGGACACUCUACUGGUCGGCUGUGACGUAUGGGGCUGUCACUGUCAUGCAGGUUGUUGGUCAUAAAAAGGGCCUGGAUGUGAUGGAGCGGGCAGACCCCCUUUUCUUGCUCAUGGGGCUCCCCACCAUCCCUGUCAUGCUGGUGCUGGGCAAGAUGAUCCGCUGGGAAGACUACGUGCUGCGGGUGUGGCGGAAAUACUCCAGCAAGCUCCAAGCCCUGCAGGCCUUGGUGCCAGGGAUCAGCUGCCCUGUUCCGCACAUCCCUCUCGCCGAGUCGCGCUACCAGAGUGACCACCUCUCCAUCUCGCGCACGCUGUGCGGGGCCCUGGUCUUCCCCACCAUUGCCAACCUAGUUGGCAGAGUCACCUUCCGCAGGGUGAACUCCAGCCUCCAGCGUACCAUCCUGGGGGGCAUUGCUUUUGUGGCCCUGAAGGGAGCCCUGAAGGUCUACUUUCGCCAGCAGCAGUACCUGAUCCAAGCCAACCGGCGCAUCCUCAACUUUGUGGAGAAAGGGGACAUGGAAAGGAACUCCACUCCGCUCGAUGAGGACAGCGGCAGUGAAGCAGGGCUCAGCUAGGGCAGGAAAGGCACCCAUGCACGCUCAAGAGACACACACACCGCUCCAAAGCUCCUCAAAAGAAACUGGAUUCCUCUCUGGGAUGGAUUUUAGGCCAGUCGACUCCUCUCCCAAGAGGAAGCACUCUGGGCUUUGCUGCUGUGGUUUGCGGAGAGGGUGAGGUGCUCCAUUUAGGCCGGCCUGGGCAAAGUCUGCUUCUUCUUAAGCUGGUGGUUUAUCGGCAGUCUGGCUCUUUGACUCUCUUCUGCCUGGUUGCUCCCCUUGCACGGGGCUGUGCUCUGAUCUCUUUGUAAACCAGGAGUUAAAUAAAGGAGUCAAGCUGUAAGUGU